GUGUCACAAGCCUGGGGCCAGUGAUGGGUGGCAGAGACACCUCCGAUUCCAACCCUCCCCCUGCGCUGCCCUGCAGCCCCCCGCCCACUGCAGGGGGUCCCUGCUGGUGAGACCCCCCGGCUGCACUACGUGGUGGUGAACAAGCUGCGCACCUACGGRGGAGCCCAGGUGAGGGGACACGGGSCACGGGCGGUUCCGGGCCGUGCCCAUGGGCACAGGGGGUGCCCGGUGCCAGCCCGUGUGCGUCCCGCAGCGCUACUGCCAGGACGUGUAUCGGGGCAAGCUGGCCUCGGUGCACAGCGCCUCCCGCAACGAGGAGCUGCAGAACCUGGCACGGACCUACACCCGCGUGGCGCCCUGGAUCGGGGCUGUCACCAGCCGCAAGGCAGGGCAGUGGCAGUCGUGCUGGGAGGACUCCACCCCCUGGAAUUUCGCCAACUGGGCGCCCACCCACCCUCUCCACCUCAUCACCACCUGCACCUCCCUCAGCACCCGAGAUGGGCUCUGGCGAAGCCGCUUCUGCUUCCAGCUGCGCCCCUUCAUCUGCCAGUACUGAGCCCCCAGCRCUGCCGUGGCUCCUUUCCCAGUAAAGCAGUUCAUUUCCCAAUAAAGCAGAGG